CUCGUCCACUUGAGAGGGAGACAGAGCAGCGAGUGCUCAGCUCAGCUCAGCUACUCCCACUUGCUUCCGCUGCUUCUCCGUCUCCAUCUCCCAUAAGAGCACCCACCAACGCGGCCUCCCCCUCCCAUUGCCGCCGCCAAUGCCGGCCUCCACGGCCUCGACACCGCCGCCGCUCGUCUGAACCGACGCCGUGUUGCCAGGAACGCCCGCGGCCACCAUGGGGUCUGGCCUCCUCCUCCGCAUCUUGCUGGUGCUCGUCGUCGUCGUCAAUGCCGGGCUGGCGCUCACCCAGGACGGGCGCUACCUGCUCGACGCGAAGCGCGCGCUCGCCGUCCCGGAGGGCGCGCUGGCGGACUGGAACCCGCUCGACGCCACGCCCUGCGGCUGGACGGGCGUCUCCUGCGACGGCUCCGGCUCCGGCGGCGCCGUGACGGGGAUCUCCCUACCGGGUCUCAACCUCACCGGGUCGUUCCCGGCGGCGCUGUGCCGCCUCCCGCGCGUUGCGUCCAUCGACCUGAGCGACAACUACAUCGGUCCCAACCUCAGCUCCGUCGCCGUCGCAGGGUGCAAGGCGCUCCGGCGGCUCGACCUGUCCAUGAACGCGCUUGUCGGCCCGCUCCCCGACGCGCUCGCCGACCUCCCGGAGCUCGUGUACCUCAAGCUCGACAGCAACAACUUCUCCGGCCCCAUCCCGGAGUCGUUCGGCCGGUUCAAGAAGCUCGAGUCGCUCGCGCUCGUCUACAACCUCCUCGUCGGCGACGUCCCUCCGUUUCUCGGCGGCGUGUCGACGCUCCGGGAGCUCAACCUGUCAUACAACCUCUUCGUGCCGGGCCCUGUGCCGGCCGAGCUCGGCAACCUCACCUCUCUGCGCGUACUCUGGCUCGCCGGCUGCAACCUCAUCGGCCGCAUCCCGGCGUCUCUCGGCAGGCUCAGAAACCUCACGGACCUCGACCUGUCGACGAACGCGCUCACCGGCUCGAUACCGCCGGAGAUUACAGGGCUGACGAGCGUCGUGCAGAUCGAGUUGUACAACAACUCGCUCACCGGGCCAAUUCCCAGCGGGUUUGGCAAGCUCGCGGAGCUCCGGGGCAUUGACUUCGCCAUGAACCUGCUCGUCGGCGCCAUCCCGGACGACCUCUUCGAGGCACCGAAGCUGGAGAGCGUGCACCUGUACGCCAACUUCCUCAUGGGGCCCGUGCCGCAGUCGGUGGCGAAGGCGGCGUCGCUGGUCGAGCUGCGGCUGUUCGCGAACCGGCUGAACGGCACGCUGCCGGCCGACCUCGGCAAGAACUCUCCUCUGGUGUGCGUGGACCUGUCCGACAACUCCAUCUCCGGCGAGAUCCCGCCGGCGAUAUGCGACCGCGGUGAGCUCGAGGAGUUGCUCAUGCUCGACAAUAUGCUCUCCGGGCGCAUACCCGACGGGCUCGGGCGGUGCCGGAGGCUGCGGCGGGUGCGGCUGUCGAACAAUAGGCUCGACGGCGACGUGCCUGCCGCCGUCUGGGGCCUGCCGCACAUGUCGCUGCUCGAGAUCAACGACAACCAGCUGACCGGAGUUAUCUCUCCGGUCAUCGGCGGCGCGGCCAACCUGUCCAAGCUGGUUCUGUCCAAUAACCGGCUGACUGGGAGCAUCCCGCCGGAAAUUGGCUCGGCCGCGAAGCUGUACGAGCUCUCUGCCGACGGCAACAUGCUCUCCGGCCCGCUCCCUGGAUCUCUUGGCGGCCUCGAAGAACUCGGCCGGCUUGUUCUCCGGAACAACUCCUUGUCUGGCCAGUUGCUCCGGGGAAUCCAUUCUUGGAAGAAGCUUAGUGAGCUCAACCUUGCGGACAAUGGCUUUACCGGAGCCAUUCCAGCGGAGCUCGGCGAUUUGCCGGUGCUGAACUAUCUUGACCUCUCCGGCAACCGUCUCACCGGCGAGGUACCAAUGCAAUUGGAGAACCUAAAGCUGAACCAGUUCAAUGUCUCCAACAACCAGCUCAGUGGUCCGCUUCCGCCACAGUAUGCGACGGCGGCAUACCGGGGCAGCUUCUUGGGCAACCCGGGGCUGUGUGGGGAUAUCGCCGGUCUAUGCGGCGAUUCGCGGGGAGAGUCUAGAUCCCACUCUGGAUUUGCCUGGAUGAUGCGCUCAAUUUUCAUAUUUGCAGCUGUUGUUCUGGUUGCCGGAGUUGCGUGGUUCUACUGGAGGUACCGCAGCUUCAACAAUUCCAAGUUAGGCGCGGACCGCUCGAAAUGGUCAUUGACAUCAUUCCACAAGCUCUCAUUUAGUGAGUAUGAAAUUCUGGAUUGCCUUGAUGAGGAUAAUGUGAUCGGCAGUGGCGCAUCAGGGAAGGUUUAUAAGGCAGUUCUCAGCAAUGGUGAGGUGGUUGCCGUGAAGAAGCUAUGGGGGUUAAAGAAGGGGACCGGCAUUGAGAACGGUGGCGAAGGAUCCGCUGCUGACAACAGCUUUGAGGCUGAGGUGAAGACUCUUGGCAAGAUUCGCCACAAGAACAUUGUCAAGCUGUGGUGCAGCUGCACGCACAACGACAUCAAGCUGCUGGUGUACGAGUACAUGCCCAAUGGUAGCCUAGGAGAUGUGCUACACAGCAGCAAGGCUGGGUUGUUGGAUUGGUCGACGCGGUACAAGAUUGCACUGGAUGCAGCAGAGGGCCUAUCCUAUCUUCACCAUGACUGCGUUCCGGCGAUUGUCCACAGGGAUGUCAAGUCGAAUAACAUCCUCUUGGAUGCUGAAUUCGGUGCCCGUGUUGCAGAUUUUGGGGUUGCCAAGGUGGUGGAGGCAACCGUCUGGGGUCCCAAGUCCAUGUCAGUGAUCGCUGGCUCGUGUGGUUACAUUGCACCUGAGUAUGCAUAUACACUCCGCGUCAAUGAGAAGAGCGACAUAUACAGCUUUGGAGUGGUUCUCCUCGAGCUCGUGACGGGGAAACCGCCCGUCGAUCCAGAGUUUGGCGAGAAGGACCUGGUGAAGUGGGUGUGCAGCACAAUUGAUCAGAAAGGAGUAGAGCACGUCCUCGACAGCAAGCUCGACAUGACCUUCAAGGAUGAGAUCAACAGGGUGCUGAACAUUGGCCUCCUCUGCGCGAGCUCGCUUCCGAUCAACCGCCCGGCAAUGCGCAGGGUGGUCAAGAUGCUGCAAGAAGUGCGCGCCGAGGCCACCAGGCCAAGGCUGGAGAAGGACGGCAAGCUGUCGCCGUAUUACUACGAGGACGCCUCCGAUCAAGGGAGCAGCGUGUAAGGUAACCCCCAAAAGAGAAGAAGAUGACAGUAGGCCAAAUAGCUGCUUCCAUGAAUCUUUUUCCCUUUGGCUUGUAGAGCUCUACUCUAGGUAGGACAGCUGCAAUCGUAACAGUGUCCAAAACCCUAUAGUUGCUGAUUUAUUUAGAAGCGCUGAAUUGCUCGCUGCCGACGCCUCCGACAGCACACGGUUUAGCUCUGGAGCAGCUGUGCUCUCCCGUCCGGCAAUGGAGGACAGCUGAGCGGUAGGGCUGAAGCUGAUGCUGAUGCCCGGUGUUCUUGGACUCUUGGUUGCCAUUGCUGUCACAGUGGGCCGUGCCAUUGAUGCCGGUAGGGCAGAUCGCUCGCCUGCUGUCGAUCAAGAGGAGAAAGAAAAAGUUUCUGAAUGGAAUCUAGGUGUGUAAUUAGUACUGCUACUUUGCCUCUUUUUUUUUCUUCUGUUUUUUUUUUCCUGGUGAGCUAUAUUGUUCCUUGGCUCAUGGCCAUGGCCCAUGGGUGGUUGGAUCAACUAUUUCCUGCUAUUCAACUCGCGGGGAGAGAUGGAAUACGGUAGAAGUAGAAUGCAAAUGAGUGAGUGAAUGAAUGAACGAAUGAAUCUAACCUCUUUAUUACAA